UUUCAGCAGAUUACAUGUGAUUAUCCUGCAGACCUGCAGGGGGCAGAAUCUCCAAUGUUCUGCUGCUCAUGAGACCGGAGAAGAAGAAGAACUUUGACUUCCUGGAGUUUGUGACGAAGGUACAGACAGGUUGCCAUCCUGAGGGAUCAGCCCUGGAGAAGUGAACUAUGUGCGCUCUUGUCAUGCUAGUAAUCGGCUGACCUUCUCUACGACAUCAUGGACGACGCUGAAAUGGAGGCAGUAGUCUCAAUGUCAGGCAGCUCCUCGAUCGGAGAGGCGGUGUCUGGUAGAGGAGAAAAUGUGAAUUAUGAAGGUGUAGAUGGAGAUGACGAUCUUUAUUACAUCCCAGAGAGAAGACCGUCCCUGGACCUGGGGCCGAUGCCAAUGGACAUUAGCAACUGGCAUCAUGUGGACCAUGCCUUGCCUCCAGCUCUGAGCUACUCGUCACUGACAAGUGAGGAGAGUGAGGAGAGUGAGGAGAGCGUGGGCAACAUGGAGGACGAGGACGGGGACGGGGAAGGGUGCUCCACAAGGGUCCAGCUGAACAGAGCUGAUUCAUUCUCUAGUUGCUACUCCUUUGACAGUGAUGAUUGUGAGAAGAGAACGCCCAAGGGUAAAAACAACGAGGAAACUGUCCCAGAGCUCACUGACACCCCUGAGUUACUCACAGACCCAAAUGAGAUAAGGCAUCCUUCUCUGACUGUGGCUUUCACUUUUAAGGCUAUUUGUCACACCCUCGGGAAACUGUCUGAGGGGGACAUAAGGAAAUUCAAGAUGAUGCUGUGGAAGCGUUACCCACAGUCCUUCAACACUCCUCCACAAGGCAUGGACAUGGUGGACCUUGUUGACCGCAUGCUGGAGUGUUACAGCCUGGAGGUGUCUUUGCAGAUCACCAAAUUCCUUCUGGAGGAAAUGGAGCUAAAGAAGCUGAUUAAUCAUCUGCAGACUUUGUGCCUCAGAAAUGAAGUACGACAUGACCUAAGUGAAACUCUGAGGAGAAAAUAUGGCAGUGUAUGUGACGACUUUACCACGCAGGGAGGGAAGAGGCCCUUAGACGAUGUUUUUACUAACCUCUACAUUACCACAGCAUGCGACAAUGGCCCAAAUAUUGAACAUGAGGUUAUGAACAUCGAAAAGCUGGACAGCAACCGGGAUGAAGGAGAAAGACUUUUGACAAAGGAUAUUUUGAGCACUGAAAGGAUGGAGCAAUCAAACUUGAAGUUUAUGUUGAUCAACGGAGUAGCAGGGUCAGGGAAAUCCAUGGCCAUAAAGAGAUUGAUCCUUGAUUGGAUUGAAGAGCGUUCGCACCAACAUGUGUGUUUCCUGUUCCCUUUGCCGAUCAGAGAACUCAAACAAUUCGAGGGGCAAAGGGUUUCCCUGUUGGAAAUCAUACAAACAGUUUACCCUGAGACGAAGAAACUAAGGGAGGAGGAUUACAGAUCUGAUGACUGCAAAAUGAUGUUUGUCUUUGACGGACUUGAUGAGUACAAGGGGGACCUUGACUUUCAGAACACAGAACUUCUCAGCGAUCAUGCAGAACCCUCCACACUGAACAUCAUCGUGGUCAACCUCCUCAGAGCGAGGUUGCUCUACCGUGGCCUCUUCAUCGUCACUACACGCCCCCAAAUGAGGCGCUGCACUCCUUGGGAUGCGCAUUGUGACGAGAUAGAAGUGCGUGGGUUCUGUGACGCUGAAAAAGACAACUACUUCAAGCAGAGGUUUCAGGAUCCAGUUCAAGCAGCUCGAGUUAUUGAGUACAUCAACUCUUUAAAAACACUCCGCAUCAUGUGCCACCUGCCCUUGUUUUGUUUGCUUGUGGCCGAUGAGUGCCAGCGCAUAUUUACUGAGCAGGGGACACAGGCGGAGCUGCCCUGCAGCAUCACCUACAUGUACACAAAGCUGCUGCUAGUACUCACACGUCAGCAUCGCAUGUUCAGAGCUCCAGAUCUUGACCCAGAACAAGAGAAAGACUUCCUCAUGAAACUGGGGAAGUUGGCCUUCAACAUGCUGGAACGAGGCCAGUUCAAGAUCACCAAAUCCGACUGGAAGGAGGUUGGUAUCAGUGACGAUGAGGCGGUGACUAACAGUGGCCUUUGCACACAAUAUGUCACCAAACCAUUUGUGUUGUUUCACGAGAAAGUCCUCAGCUUCAUUCACCCCACCAUGCAGGAGUAUCUGGCGGCUCUGUAUGUGUUUCUUUCCUUUAGAGACCAGGGGAAGAACAUUUUCGUGCAACAGCUGAAGCACAGGUUCAGGGUGAUGUUGAAGGGACCCAAGGUGAUGGAGCUCUACAAGAGCGCUGUGGACAGAAGCCUGCAGUGUGAGGACGGCAAACUGGACAUUUUCCUGCGUUUCCUGUUUGGAAUGACAACCAAGACCAACCUGGAACUUCUCCACCCGUUCUGCACCACCACUGUUAAAUGGCCAACAGUCAUCCAAGAUGCUGCGGCCCUCCUCCAGAAGAAGAUCAGUGAAAAUCAUCAUCCCAGCAGAACAGGCAACUUGCAGUGCUGCUUGGAGGAGUUGGGUUCGUCAGCCUCAGAGGCAGCAUCUUGUUGAUCCAACUCAGAAAUCUCUAGGUCAAGUGUUCUUAAUAGAAAAUUAAUUUCCAAAGAACUUUAAGAGAGUCUUUUAAAAAAAACUGCUUGUGAAGAGAUGUGUUUGAUUCAAGCAACAUACGCACUAAUGAAGCCUUACAGCCCAACCGAAACACUUGUACAGCUACACUAAAGUAUAAUUUGAAGGAACAGAGGGUUUAAAGCAAACAGAGAAAGUGUAAAUAUGUGAGUGUGAUGUCAUUAAUUAAAGUCAUACUUUUUUAAUGUUUAUACAAUCAAAUAUUUUUCAUUUGUAGUGUUUAUUGUUUUUUACAGUAAGGCUGCAGUUAUAUGCAGUAUAAUCUCUUUAAUAAUAUGUCAAGGCCUAAAGUGACAAUCUCAUAGUCCUGUUUAUUUCACAUGUACAUUGUUUUUUCACUUUUCAUUCAAAAAAUGCUUCUGUUAGGAGUUUUUAUGCUUUCUAUGCAACAAAACAGAGUAAAAUAAGACCAUCAGCUCGGAGACUGCUCUCUUUUUAUCGUAUUUGAUGCCUUAAAUUCUGCUACAGUAGACCUUAAAAAGGGUAAAAGCGGAACGAGCACUGUGCAUUGUGGGAAACAGUAGGCAAGGCAGACUGGUCCGAUGCAUACUGAGAAAUUUCCUGAAACAGUAGACAUCCAGGGAGUUUUGGCAUACUGCAGAUUUUGCUCUUGUUCACAUACUACUUACAACAUACUGAAUUUUGGCCAAAUCAGUACGUACUGCUAGCCAUAGUUAAAAGACGGCACUUACACAUGUUUUAGACAUAAACAGCAAAGAAAUUAGACACUUCACACUUUGUCCACAGGGGGCACCAAAAUCAACACGGAUGAAUAAUCUUUCACCGAAGCCUUCAACUGACUAUCAAAGCUACUCAGUGAAAGCUUUAGUUGCAAGUUGUUUACACUGAAAUAGAUUCUGAAAUGCCAAAGUGUCAUUAUUAUUUAACAUGUAUAAAACUGGGGCGUAGUGGUUUAAGCACACGCCCCGUAUACAGAGGCUAUAGUCCUCGUAAGAGCAGUUCCUAGUUCGACCCUGGCCUUGUCCCUCUGCUGUCUCCUUUCUCUCUUCUUCCUUCCUCCUCUCUUUUCCGCUGUCCUAUUCAAUAAAAGCGAAAAUGUCCAAAAUA